CAAACCAUUAAUCUCAAGUUUCAUUCCCGGAAGUUUCCACUUUUCUUUUCAUUAAAUACUCAGCAAUUUUUCCGGUUAAUAAAACUGCAAGAAACCCAUUUUUAAAAUCAUUUUUCACAUUCACUUCAACUUGUUCAAAUUCAAAUAACACAUGACAACACAGAUUUCUCAUCAACCAUGGCACAGUUUAACCGGAAAAGUUGUCCUCGUCACCGGAGCUUCUGCCGGCAUCGGCCGUGAUCUUUGUCUCGAUCUUGCUCAAGCCGGCUGUCGUAUUGUAUUAGCAGCUCGUCGUGUAGACCGCCUCCGAUCCGUCUGUGAUGAAAUCAAUGGAGAGGUAUCGUCGCAGCGAUCGGAAAACCUCCUCCGGGCUGUUGCAGUGGAGCUCGAUGUCGCGGCUGACAGCUCCGCCAUAGAGAAGUAUGUGCAGAAGGCGUGGGAGGCUUUUGGGCAUAUUGAUGCGUUGAUAAAUAAUGCCGGUAUCAGAGGAAAUGUGAAUUCACCCUUGGAAUUGUCUGAGGAAGAAUGGAAUAAAGUGUUUAAAACAAACAUAACUGGUACAUGGUUGGUGUCAAAAUAUGUAUGCAAACUCAUGCGCGAUUCAAACACAAAAGGAUCAAUCAUCAAUAUAUCUUCGAUUGCUGGCUUAGAAAGGGGGCAAUUGCCCGGAGCUGCUGCAUAUGCCUGUUCAAAAGCCGGUGUCAAUAUGCUAACAAAGGUGAUGGCAUUGGAAUUGGGGGCAUACAAAAUAAGAGUGAAUUCAAUAUCGCCUGGACUUUUUAAAUCCGAAAUCACUGAAAGUUUAAUGAAGAAAGAUUGGCUAAACAAUGUGGCCAUAAAAACGGUACCAAUGAAAGAGUAUGGCACUUCAAAUCCAGCAUUAACAUCAGUUGUUCGGUACUUAAUUCACGAUUCUUCUGAAUAUGUGACCGGAAAUAUUUUUAUUGUUGACGCUGGUGCUACCUUACCCGGCGUGCCUAUUUUUUCAUCACUAUGAUGACUGUGUUGGAGGCAACUCUUUAACGAUAAGGAAUUACUCAAAGGUUUGAGAGUCUAAUUCCAACAGACUGAAACUUGGAUUAAACAUUUUUUGCCAACGAGAUUUGAUGUUCUUACGGUUACUGAUCUACACAGGAAAUAUGAUUUUUUUUUCUCUUUCUAGAUAUUGAAAAAGAAAAUUUUGAUAUUGUAAUAUUUAAUGUAUAAGGUGAAUUCUUCUGUUAUUGGCAAUGUUUUAUUCACCAAUGUUUUUAUUUCAGAUAAUGUUUAAGCACUGAAUGUAUUCUUAUUUUGGGUGCUCCUUCAUUUGCUGGAAACAAA